UUGCUCUUUAUCUCGCAUGGCUUUCUGUUAAUUUCUUUCUAUAAUCCUGAUUCUUAUUGAUCAUGCGGUUUUCAGCAUAACAGAUCUACAAAUGCAGUUUUAUUUGUUGUCCGAGGUGAAUUUUGGAGUUAAAAGUAUACAUUCCAGACAUUGCAAGUUUUGAUAGAGAUCGAAAGUCUUUUCUUUUGAGAUAUUAUUGCGAAGUCUCUGUGGAUAAAAGAUACUUCUAUGGUAAACUGUGAACAUAAUCUGCAGUCUUUAUAGUUUUGAAAUGGAGCUUUCUAUUGAAGGCCGAGAAGGAAUGGGGGAGGUAUCGCCACAAGCUGGUCCAUCAGGUGCAGCUAAUAGAAAUAGAACAGUACCAUCUUCAACAAAUCUGGAUCGAGAAAAGGAUAAGCUGAAUCCUAAAAUGUCUAAAGCCUUAAGUACAAGUGCAAAGCGUAUCCAGAAAGAAUUGGCAGAAAUAACUCUUGAUCCUCCUCCUAACUGCAGUGCUGGACCCAAAGGAGAUAAUUUAUAUGAAUGGGUAUCUACAAUUUUGGGACCACCUGGAUCAGUUUAUGAAGGAGGGGUAUUUUUCCUUGAUAUACAUUUCUCUCCAGAGUACCCAUUCAAACCUCCCAAAGUAACAUUUCGCACAAGGAUCUAUCAUUGCAAUAUUAAUAGUCAAGGUGUGAUCUGUUUAGAUAUUCUGAAAGAUAAUUGGAGCCCUGCUUUGACCAUCUCUAAAGUUCUUUUAUCAAUCUGUUCACUACUUACAGACUGUAAUCCAGCGGAUCCACUUGUUGGAAGCAUUGCUACUCAGUACUUGCAACACAGGGAAGAACAUGAUCGCAUUGCUAGACUUUGGACAAAACGAUAUGCCACAUAAGUCAGUGAAGAUCAGUGAGCUUUUGACUUUAGGCUUUUCUGCAUGCGUAUAGAAACUUUUAAUUCCAUUGCAACUUGUGUAAAAGUGUUGUUCAUUGUUCAUAAGUGAUUUCUAUAUUUGUGUAGAAGGGCUUUUUAUUUUAUUUUCCUCCUUCCUAGCUUGUGUAUUUGUUAUAAAACUGUUCUACACUAGUUUUGUGAUUAUGACAUUAGUACAAGUUAAAAUUAACGCUAUGCAAUUAUUUAUAUUGAUACUACCUUACGAAUAUUUUAACUGAAUUUGUUCUGAAUUUGGAUGCCAGUAACAAUGGUAUUAACUGUUUGCAUUUAUUUUCUGUAAAUUAAAAAAUUAAGUGAAAAAUGAACUUCUCUUAUAAAUUUCAUGCCCACCUUUGUAGAAAAAAAAAAAAAAAAAUGCAUCCGGUUAAGGAUAAUUGUGAUCUUUUAACAUACUCAUUGUUUAGUUUAUGUUUUUUCCAUGUUUGAAAGUACUUGUCCAAUUU